AUGAUGGAUUUUGACGAGAGGGUCCCCGUCGGAUCGAACAUGUAUUUGCCCAGUUGCACUUAUUACGUGUCGGCGGGGGCUGAUUUCUCCGGUCUUCCCUCGUUUUUGUCCCAGUCCCCGUCCACCCGCCCCAUGACAUACUCCUACUCCUCUAACCUGCCGCAGGUCCAACCCGUCAGAGAGGUGACGUUCAGGGACUAUGCAGCCAUUGACGCGUCCGGUAAAUGGCCGCACCGAGGGAACUUGCCUCAGUGCUACCCGAGCGCAGAGGACAUGGUGCACCGGGACUGUCUGUCGGCGCAAACCGCCGUCGUAGGGGACAUGUUCGGUAAAAACAGCCCUGCAGCCGCCGCCGCCGCCGCUUAUCACCACCACCACCACCACCAUACGAGCGCCGGGUCCGCCGCCUCCAAUUUCUACGGGAACGUGGGCAGAAAUGGCGUGCUGCCACAAGCCUUCGAUCAGUUUUACGAGACGGCGUACGGCAACGCGUCGGAGAGCUCCUCCACAAAUGGCUACUCAGGGGACAAAACAGCGACCAAGCAGCCCGGCUCUGCGCCGGAGGAAGCUCCGUCGUGCCGGGACACCGAAGUAAAGGAGCCCCGGGAUGAGACAAGCAGCCCGGAGUUGUCUUCCGGCAACAAUGAGGAGAAAUCCAGCAGCAGCAAUGGACAGAGGACCCGCAAGAAGAGAUGUCCUUACUCCAAGUAUCAGAUCAGAGAACUUGAAAGAGAAUUCUUUUUCAGUGUGUACAUUAACAAGGAGAAACGCCUGCAACUGUCUCGGAUGCUCAACCUCACCGACCGGCAAGUGAAGAUUUGGUUUCAGAAUCGCCGCAUGAAGGAGAAGAAACUGAACAGAGAUAGAUUACAGUAUUAUACGUCCAAUCCUCUGCUUUAG